AUGAGUUUCCAGACAGAUAAAACGCUACAACAUGUGUGGAGGGAACCUGUGCGGAAAACUGAAAAGGACCAUUGCCACCGGUUGAAGGUAAGUUUCACCUGUAGCACAUGAAAUGAACAUGUUUUAUUAUCUGGUUGCCUACAAAAAUGUUUGAUGGGAAACACUAGUCCUCUGUUAAAACACAAGCCAUGGAAAUUAAUAAGAAGGGGUUGGCCCACUAUUGCUAAAAAUGUGUCAUAAACAAAAAUGGCCUGCCCUCAUACAGACAUUAUUCCCUUUAGUCUCCUGGACAGCUGUCUCCUGAGCCACCAGUUGUAACAGUGCUUUCAAGGGACGGUCGAACCAAGAGCCCUGGUAUAGGCAGCCACAGAACAAAGAACACUACCAUAGAAGAAUACCGUAGAGCACUAAAGCCAGACAACUUCAGCAAAAGCAACAUUCUCAGCACAGAAAGAAGGAAAAAUGUCAAAACAGUCCGAAUAGACAACUGCCAAAGUGACAGAACAGACAUCAGGCCUGGCGUUUCUGUGAGAGACAACAUUAGCACAGACAAGUUGGGCCACCUAAGCUACAGGGCAGAGGCCCUAAGAGAAGACACUCACUUUAUAAAUGAUUGUGAGCAGCUCAGAAUGGACCAACUUCGGACAGUCCACCCCAAAGCAGACAGCAUUGGGAUAGAUCCGGGUAGAGACCUCCGUAGGACAGACAUUGCAGACCACCACUCUGGAGUCUCAGACUACCAGAGGUCAAAGGCCCUGGACACCAACAUCAUUGGGACAUCAACAUCCCAGUCCAAUGUUUUGCACCCGUGGCAGGUUUGGGACGGAGGUGCCAGAUAUCAGCCGAGGUCCUUGCUCUGUGAUGUUGGCACACAGACUUACCUGACUGCCCUAGCCCAGAGUCCUCACUCCAUCCCAGGCCCUGACACUGAACCUAUCAUGGGUGAGAGAGAGAGAGAGAGAGAGAGAGAGAGAGAGAGAGAGAGAGAGAGAGAGAGAGAGAGAGAGAGAGAGAGAGAGAGAGAGAGAGAGAGAGAGAGAGCGAGAGAGAGAGAGAGAGAGAGAUGAGAGAGAGAGAAGAGGAGAGAGAGAGAGAGAGAGAGAGAGAGAGAGAGAGAGAGAGGAGAGAGAGAGAGAGAGAGAGAGAGAGAGAGAGAGAGAGAGAGAGAGAGAGAGAGAGAGAUAACCUUGGCUUGUAGUGUUUAAGGCCCCGAGGGAAAGUGAGAUGGAAAGGAACCAGCAGAGCAGCAUUCAGCAGCAGCACCAUCCCAUGGCCACUUUACAUCAGGUGGUCCUGCAGAAAGACACAGGGCCUUACUGCUCCUCCUGUGCCCUUACCCACACACCUGCACUGAAAACAGGGGAGGCCGGUGGGUGUCAAACAUCUGAGGUGCUCUUUAAAUUUCAAUGAGAUUAAAGAAAAGUUAGAAGGUUGUUGAUUUGUCCUCCAUUGAGGGUGUGUGAGACUUUUAUUAUCCUGUCAGUCCUGUGUCUUCACUCAAAAGACAAAACACUGAUCCCACACAGUAGGUCUGUCUCACCUACAGAGAAUGGAGAGGAAGUCUGAUUGGCUUGUCGAUUGGUCGUGGAGAUUGUUUACUCUCUAAUUAACUGUGUAGAUUACUGUAUGUUUAUUGUCAAUUAACCAGUUAGCAGUAUACCUGUUUAUUUUCUGUGUGCCAGUCCUUAUUACUUUUAAGCAGCGUUACUUGCUCAGAAAUCAGAGGAUGCACUGUUAAUUAAUAAGGAUCUUAUUCCAACCAGCCUUAUAAUUUUUGUUUGGGUGAGUGCUAAGAAUAGGAAAUUAUGAUCAUGUCUAUGAACCGUGUAAUCUGUUUAUAAUGUGGCAUAGACUGACUGUAUUCUAUUAGCAUAGGCAAGGCAUCCGCAUGCUUCCCAGCCGAAACAGUUCUGAAGAGUUCUUGCAUAUAUUAUGAUUGCAUUUUGUGAUAUUUUUGUCCGUCUUGGACUUCGGUAAAGGUUUUUACGGCUGUUCGGGCAAGUCACAUUUUUGCUCAAGGCCAGCCUAAAUUCGGGAGCUGAAGUGUACGUGAUUGGUCAACUGUAGGGAUUCUUAAAUAAAGUAUUUGUUGGCAUCCAUGAAAAAAAAUAACAUAGCGAAAUUUGGCACAAUUUUUUUUAGUUAGACUAAAGGCGUCAGCAUGCUUCAGUUUGGCUGGCGAACUCGGCUAGCCGAAUCGAACGAGUGUGCUUCCAUACUCCCUUAAAAGACCUUCGCUUGAAAUACGAGAAAAAAGCGCCAAUAGUAGUUUGUCCAUUUUGAGACGCUUUAAUGUACGCUUCCUCAAAAUAUGCAGAAUUAAUCUAAAUUAACUCAAGAAAUCUGUCAUUAAUUUUGGGUGUGACGAAGGGGUGUAGACUUCGGCUCCGAACUUUGGCUUGCCUCUAGAAAACGUUUUGUGUGCCCGAACAGCGGAAAAAAACACUCACCGCAGUCAAAAACGUCACAAAAUGUCGCCAUAAUAUAUGCACAAAUUAUUUCGAACUGUUUCGGCUGGGAAGCAUGAUGACGCCUUUACAUCUCCUCUGCAAAAACAUCAAAAUGUAUGACAGAUUUCUUGAGUUAUCGUAUAUUAAUUUGGACUAUUUUGAGGAAGUGUAUACUGGCUACGGCGUUUCAAAAUAGACAAACAGUACAAUUGCCGCUUCUUUCUCGUUUUUCAAGCGAAGGUCUUUUAAGUGAGUAUGCGAGCACAGCCGAACUGAAGCAUGCUGACGCGUUUAGGGCGGCCGCAUGCUUCCAAACCGAAACAGUUUGUGCAUAUAUUAUUGCAUUUCUAUUUAUGUGAUAUGACAAUUUAACAGGCAUCAUUUCCAUUCAGUAGUGUAAUUACUCUCAAUUAUGUGAUAACAUUUGUGAUAGGAGAUACCCAAACAAUUCUAGAUGUUCAUACAUUGUAAGAUAUGGAUACAAGUGUUCUUCCUCUUCUAUUCCUGUUUGAACCAGUGAAGAGGGCCAGUGUGAGAAGAGCAAUAGGACAGCCUAUUCGACUCCACAGACUGUGUGCUGUAGGGGAAUCCUCUGAGCAUUGUAGUGCCCAGCUGAGGGUGAUCGGGGAUGAGGUGAACAGUAUGUUCUCCAAGGGAAAGGUGAGUAAGUUCAAUGGAGUGAGAGGGGAGAAAGAGAACAAUAGGUUAAUAGAGGGAUAACAAUCAAGAAGAAAGAGAAUGUGUCAUACUAGACCGGGUUACUUUUAAAGGACUUUGAGACAACUGCUGAUGUAAAAAGGCCUUUAUACAUUUGAUUGAUUGCUUGAUGUCCUCCUUCAUAGAGAUUCCUAAUAAAAUAUGUCAUUCAUUCACACCUGAUGUUCUGUGUGUGUGUGUAUUAGGUGGGGUCCGCACAGUGGCAGACCUGGAGGGAAGGAAUCAUCACGUGCCUGUUCACCGUCCUCAGUGGCCUGGGAUCUCUCUACCUGCUCCAGCACAGAAACCUCAGGACGCCCUAG